AUGGUCCGGGCGCCUGAGCCGCUGGAGGCGGCUGUUGCUGGCGGGGUGUGCGUCGCUUUGUUCGCCUGGCUGCGUCGAGGACGGCCAGCCUCCUACCCAGGAGAUGCCAUACCCGAGUCGAGCCGCUUGAAGCGAAGCGCCACAUUUCAGGCUGCAGGUCUUAAGGUGGAAAAGGGCUGGGCGCCAGUGGAGGAAGAAUCUUCGGACUUGCUGCCGCACAAAGUCUCCGGCCAGCAAGUCUGGGUGUUCAAGCCUGGCUCCGGUGGCGAGAACCCCAGCUUCAACGCGGCAGAGAACCCCAACAGUGCAGACAUCAUUUUCCGGCUGGCAAAGCUGCAAGAAUGGAAGGGCCCUCACCCAGACGGUUCUCCCAAAGAUGUGCUAGGUGCUGCUCGCAAAGGUUUUAACUUCUAUCAGAUGCUGCAGUGCAAAGAUGGGCAGUGGGCGGGCGACUACGGAGGUCCGCAUUUCCUAUUGCCCGGCUUUGUAAUUGCCGCAUAUAUCACUGGUCAUCUUGACACAAUUUUCCCGGCUCCUCACCAGAAGGCAAUCCAGGUCUACCUCCUCAAUCAUCAGCAGGAGGAUGGGGGCUGGGGAAGCCAUAUUGAGUCUCCGAGUACUAUGUUUGGAACCGUGAUCAACUACGUUGCCUUGAGGCUAGUCGGAGUGAAGUCACAAGAACCCGCCUGUGACAAGGCUCGGGCAUUCAUGCAUCAGCACGGCGGAGCUCUCUACGCGCCCUCAUGGGCCAAAUUCUGGCUGGCUGUCUUGGGGGUCUACGAGUGGGAGGGCAUUGCGCCGGUUCCGCCAGAGAUGUGGCUGUUGCCGCAAUGGUUCCCGCUUCAUCCUGGGAGGUUCUGGUGCCAUUGCCGGAUGGUGUACCUGCCGAUGUGCUGGCUCUAUGCCCGUCGCUUCUCCUACAGCGCCUUGCAAGACCCCCUCACCGUGGCCUUACGCUCUGAACUUUACACUGAGAAGUAUGGCGACAUUGACUGGAGGCGACAUGUGCAUAGCGUUGCUGACAUCGACAACUACAGCCCUCUCAACCCGGUAAUGCGACUUCUUCAGGACGUUCUUCUUGUAUACGAGCGAUUUGGACCUUGGAAAUGGCUGCGGCAAUUGAGCUGUGACUUUGCACUGGAGUACAUCCAUUCGGAGGAUGUGGAGACCAACUACUUGACCAUCGGCCCAGUCAGCAAGGCUCUUCAUUUACUUGUGAGCUGGGUGGCUGCCGGUGGACCAGGUGAAUCAGCAAGCAAGAGCCGCUCCUUCCAAGCACACAUUGCACGCGUUCCAGCUUAUCUCUGGGUGGCAGAGGAUGGCAUGAAAGUCCAGGGCUACAAUGGCAGCAUGGCAUGGGACACCUCCUUCGCCGUGCAGGCGGCGGUGGAGACGGACCUGGUGGACGAGUUCAAGGAGAUGAGCAAAAAGGCGUGGGGCUGGCUGGUGCGCGAGCAGGUGAGAAGCUUGCCACAGGGAGAUUGGAAGCAUUGGCGCCAGCCUAUUCAGGGUGGCUGGGGCUUCAGCACUGCUGAGCAGGCAUGGCCAGUGUCUGAUACCACUGCAGAAGCCUUCAAGGCAGUGCUUCAGCUGAGAAAGUUUGCAUGCAUCCAGACGGAAGGAGAGCACAUGCCAGAUCAGCACCUCUUUGACACAGCUCGCUUCCUGCUGUCAUACCAAAACAACGACGGUGGCUGGGCGACCUACGAGAAUACUCGUGGCUGGAAGUGGUACGAGCUCAUGAAUCCCUCGGAGGUCUUUGGGGAUAUCAUGAUCGACUAUUCCUACGUGGAGUGCAGCGCUUCCGCCAUGCAGGCCCUGGCUCUCUUCUCGGAGCAGUUUCCCACACACCGCCGCCGGGAGAUUGCCACGGCCAUCCGACGGGGGGCGCGCUUCAUUGAAGCGAUGCAGCGAGCAGAUGGGAGCUGGUAUGGAUGCUGGGGCAACUGCUUCACCUAUGGAUGCUGGUUUGGAGUGGAAGGCCUGCUCUGUGCGGGCAGAUCCAAGUCAUGUAGCGCCAUACGGAGGUGCGUCCAGUUCCUGCUGGGAAAGCAAGCUGCAGAUGGCGGCUGGGGCGAAGACUUUGCUAACUGCUUCAAUCGGGACUACGCAGUGCGAGAGAAGCUUUAUGGCUGCGACUCUGGCAGCACGGUGGUGCAGACCUCCUGGGCUUUGUUGGCCCUCAUGGCGGCUGAUUGUCAGGAGUCCACUGCGGUGCAACGUGGAGUUCAGCUGCUAUUGCGGCGUCAACUCGCAUCUGGGGACUGGGCUCAGGAGAACAUUGCUGGAGUGCCCAGCUUAGUCGCCAGCGCGGAACUGCAAGACGGCGAUGCCGCAGUCUCAUUCCGAAGCUUCCGGAUGCCGUACCUUUUUGCGGUGGACUUGCCAAUGAGGUCAGACGUAACCCUCAAGUUGUCAGCAGCGGAUGAGCUGCAAAAGUUGCAAGGAGAGAUGCAGGCAACGCCUGCUGCUUGGGCGACGGACAUUGAUGGCCUGGCCCACGUGCGACGGCAUUGCCAAACGCUCCUCUUCCUUGCCGAGACCUACUCUCAGGUCAAGACACAGCUGCCUCGUGACCUUCAUCAGGCAGGCAAAGUCGAGGAGAAGUUGACCUGGCUGGCAGAGCAGUGCGAGGAUGCGACAGAAAAGUCGAAAGCGCUGCUUGGCAGGACAGCUGAAGACUUCAUAUCCGCUCCAAAGUACUACUACUCGGAGCUGCGCUUGCGGCGAAGAUGCCUCCUGCCAGCCCGCGACCAGGUUUAUGGUAGACCCGAGUUCCUCAGCUUCCUGGCCACAGAAGUUGUGGCCUUCCUCCGAAUGGAGGAGCGCUUUAAGCUGCUGAUGCACACAACUGGGCCGCCUGAAAAUGCACCAGAGUACUGGGAAACGUGCGGACGAUUGGCGCAUCAAAGUGCUGUCGAGCUGACAGCUGCAAUGAUGAGCUCGUUUGAGAUGCGGCAGGUGGUGAGAGAACUACAGGAGGUUUUGAAGGAGGAGCGCCGGGUGUGCAACGAGCUGCUGGAUGGCACCACUGGCCGAGUUCGAUUUGCCUCUUCCACGAGCUUUCGAGAGGAGGAGUUUGAGGAGGAGGACGACGAGGAUGACGGUGACGGUGACUACUGUUCUGUGAUUGCCAAGCCAGUCUUCGUGGUGUCCGAUUGCACCGGAGAGUCGGCUGAACGAACCGUUCGGUGUGCCCUGGGGCAGUUUGGGCACUGCUUUGAGAGGAACUGUCAAGCGGAAAUCACCACCUUUCGAUUUGCCACCUCAAGCAUGAUGGAGGACAUUGCUUGCCAGGCCAAGCAGCGUGGCGCCUUUGUUCUGUUUACGCUGGUUGAUCCGGUGGCGAACGUGCUCUUGGAAAAGUACUGUGAAGAGUACAGCGUGAAAUGCCAUGACCUUUGGAGUCCAUUGCUAGAAAAGCUGGAAGGCUAUUUCGAUGCCAGCCGCCUUGGUGUACCAGGCCGGCGCCAGUUUGCGGAUGAGAAUUACAUGAAGCUGGUUGAGUGCAUCGAGUAUACUCGGCUUUUCGAUGACGGUGUGCAUCCUCACCGUUGGGCAGAGGCCGACAUAAUGAUCAUCGGGCCUUCUCGGAGUGGCAAGACGCCUUUGUCCUUCUUCAUGGCUCAGAGAGGCUACAAGGUAGCCAACUAUCCGCUGGUGGUUGGUGAAACACCGCCAGAAGAGCUUUGGACGUUUCCCAAGGACUGCGUUUUCGCGCUCAACAUUGAUGCCAAAAAGCUUGCAAGCAUCCGCAGCGCGCGGAUGAAGUCGUUGAAUAUGAGCUCACACUCCAACUAUGCCAAGCAAAGCGCGAUUCGGGAAGAGCUGGAAUGGUGUAAAAAGCUUUACAGGUCCAAUCCGCGCUGGAAGGUCCUCGACACAACAGACACCGGGAUUGAGGAGAACUGCGCGACGAUUCUCAAGCACUUGGACAGAGUGGGACUAGCAGGCCGAGCCGGCAAUGCCGACAACCCGUCUGCCAUUUGA